AUGGAUGUGGAUUACACGAUACCAGUUGAUGACCCCUCUUUGCUUUGGCAAAGACCUAUUUAUAAAAAAAUUGAUCCUGCAGCAGAUUCAAUAGUCUUCCAACAAAUCGAGGCAGAUGAAUACAUGGAUUCGAUAGCGCACACACCUGUAGUUCGCUUUUAUGGAAUCACUGAGAUCGGGAACAGUGUUAUUUGCCAUGUUACUGGGUUCUUACCCUAUUUUUAUGUUCCUGCGCCAAUGGGCUUCAAGGUCGAGAAUAUCCCAACCUUCAAAACAGCACUCGAAAGGAAUAACAGCGUUGUUAAGGUCGAAUGGAAACUGAAAGAAUCUAUAUAUGGUUAUCAUGGGGGCGAACAGUCUCCUUUCCUUAAAAUUACACUUAAAGACCCCAAGAAUGUUCCUACGGCAAAGCGAGCCAUUGAGCGUGGGAUUAAAUGCCCAGGUUUUUCAGAUGGUAUUAAAACAACCUACGAAAGCAAUAUUGCUUACUUGCUGCGGUUCAUGAUUGAUUGCAAGAUUAAAGGUGCAAACUGGAUUGAGUUGCCCUCGGGUACUUAUCAAAUGCGGGAGGACUCGAAUUCGAAUGCACAGAUCAAUGUCGAAAUUAGCUAUGACAAGCUAAUCAGUCACCAGCCUGAAGGAGAUUGGUCUAAGAUUGCGCCCCUCAGGAUCAUGAGCUUUGAUAUUGAGUGUGCGGGCCGGAAAGGUAUAUUUCCUGAGCCCAAGAGUGAUCCAGUAAUCCAGAUUGCAUCUAUGAUUACUGUCCAGGGGGAGUCAAAGCCUUUUAUCCGGAAUGUCAUGGUCCUAAACACAUGUGCACAUAUUGUCGGGACUCACACUAUGUCUUUCGACCGAGAGGAAGAUCUGCUUGCUGCAUGGGCAGAUUUCGUCAGGAAGGUGGAUCCUGAUGUUGUAAUCGGAUAUAACACCUCAAAUUUCGACUUUCCAUAUCUGCUGGAUCGUGCUAAAUAUCUUGGCGUUAAUAAGUUCCCCUUCCUUGGUCGACUCAAUGAUAUCAGAACAGAGGCCAAAGAUACAAAAUUCUCAUCCAAAGCCUAUGGAAACCGUGAAAAUAAGGCCAUCAAUAUGGAGGGCCGUCUCCAGCUAGAUAUGCUUCAGGUUAUGCAGCGAGAUUAUAAGUUACGUUCCUAUACGCUUAAUGCUGUCUGUGCAGAAUUCUUGGGUGAACAAAAAGAAGACGUACAUCAUUCCAUCAUUACUGAGCUACAAAACGGAAAUGAAGAAACACGUCGGCGACUUGCAGUCUAUUGCUUAAAGGAUGCAUAUUUGCCGCAACGACUUAUGGAUAAGCUCAUGUGCCUAAUCAAUUACAUUGAAAUGGCAAGAGUUACAGGGGUUCCAUUCAAUUAUCUCCUCGCGCGUGGACAACAAAUUAAGGUCGUAUCACAGUUAUACCGCAAAGCGUUAGAAAAUGGAUUUGUUAUCCCUGCUAUUAACAGCCAAGGCAAUGAAGACCAAUAUGAAGGAGCCACUGUCAUCGAACCUCGCAAGGGCUAUUAUGAUGUCCCUAUCGCUACUCUGGAUUUCGCAUCCCUAUAUCCAUCCAUUAUGAUGGCUCACAAUCUUUGCUACACAACGUUACUGACCCCGGCUGUUAUCCAGAAAUUCAAUCUAGUCAAGGAUAUAGACUAUGUGGUGACACCAAACAACGAUGCGUUUGUUAAAGCGGAGAGACGCAAGGGGCUGCUACCAAUUAUUUUAACAGAUCUACUUGACGCUCGUAAGCGCGCCAAGGCGGAUCUUAAAAAAGAAACGGAUCCUUUUAAGCGUGCCGUAUUGGAUGGUCGUCAAUUAGCGUUGAAAAUCAGUGCUAAUUCCGUAUAUGGCUUUACUGGUGCUACUAUUGGAAAACUGCCUUGUCUUCAAAUCUCGUCUAGCGUCACUGCUUACGGACGUGUUAUGAUUGAAAGGACUAAGCAAGAAGUAGAGUCAAUAUUCACAGUGGAGAAUGGGUAUUCACACACAGCAGAGGUUAUUUACGGAGACACGGAUUCUGUAAUGGUGAAGUUUGGUGUUAAGGAAUUGGAACAAGCCAUGGAGUUGGGUCGACAGGCCGCAGAGCUUGUCACGGAGAAGUUUGAAAAGCCCAUCAAGCUAGAAUUUGAGAAGGUUUACUUCCCCUAUUUGUUAAUUAACAAAAAGCGAUAUGCAGGAUUGUACUGGACGCGUCCAGAGAAGUACGAUAAGAUGGAUACCAAAGGAAUUGAAACUGUUCGUCGCGAUAAUUGCCGCCUCGUUCAAAGUGUAAUUGACACUUGCCUUCGUAAAAUCCUAAUUGAUCGCGACGUAGUUGGAGCACAAGAAUAUACAAAGCAGAUCAUUGCAGACCUACUCCAAAACAAAAUUGAUAUGGCUCAGCUUGUGAUUACAAAGGCGCUCAGUAAAACAGACUAUGCAAAUAAACAGGCUCACGUUGAAUUAGCAGAGCGUAUGCGUCAACGUGAUGCAGGAUCAGCUCCAGGGCUGGGUGAUCGUGUAGCGUAUGUCAUUAUCAAAGGCGGCAAGGGCGUAGCUGCUUAUGAUAAAUCGGAGGAUCCGCUUUAUGUUCUGGAAAAGAACAUUCCCAUUGAUACCAAAUACUAUCUUGACAAUCAGUUAUCAAAGCCUUUGAUGCGAAUUUUUGAGCCUAUACUCGGAGACAAGGCAGAAUCCCUUUUGACUGGAGAUCAUACACGCACGAUCCAGGUCUCAACGCCUUCCAUCGGAGGAUUGAUGAAGUUUGCAGUGAAGACUGCAACGUGUCUCGGAUGUAAAACACCUCUUAAGAAAGACGAAUCAGCGGUCUGCUCUGGCUGCAAAAGUCGUGCUCCUGAGCUCUAUCAGAAGCAGCGGAAUAUUGUUAAUGAACUGGAGGUCCGAUUUUCAAGACUUUGGACACAGUGUCAGCGGUGUCAAGGGUCAUUGCAUCAAGAAGUGCUGUGCACAAGUAAGGAUUGUCCUAUUUUUUACAUGCGCAAAAAAGUACAGAAGGAAAUUCAAGACGGUACGGCCACAUUGGAUCGAUUUAUCGACUGGUAG